AUGUUACCCCGAUGGGAGCUGUCUCUUUAUGUGCUUACUUCCCUUGGCUUCCACUUCUAUUCUUUUUACAAGGUUUACAAAGUCUCCAGAGAACAUGAAGAGGAACUGGACCAAGAAUUUGAGCUGGAGACUGACACUUUGUUUGGAGGACUGAAGAAGGACCCGACAGACUUCGAGUGGAACUUCUGGAUGGAAUGGGGGCAGAAGAGGUUGGGGUGGCUUCUCCUUGGCCACAUGACAGUGUCUCAAAUGGCAAUGCUGCUUGUGAGGGAGCACAGACCCUGGAUUCUCAUGGUCUACGGAAUGUGGGCUUGCUGGUGUGUGCUUGGGGUCCCAGGUGUGGCCAUGGUCUUUCUCCAUACCAUCAUCUCCUUCUGGGUGGCCCAGUUCCGGUUGCUUCUCUGCUCGUGGCUCUGCUCGCUCCUCCUGCUUUCCACGCUGAGGCUGCAAGGUGUGGAGGAAGUUAAGAGAAGGUGGUACCAGACAGAAAAUGAGUACUACUUGCUGCAGUUCACCCUGACUGUUCGCUGCCUCUACUACACCAGUUUCAGCCUUGAGUCCUGCUGGCAGCAGCUGCCCGCCGAGCGUGCCUCCUACUCCUUCUCCUGGAUACUGGCCUAUGUCUUCUACUACCCUGUUUUCCAUAACGGGCCCAUCCUCAGCUUCCCCGAGUUCAUCAAACAGAUGCAGCAGAAAGAGCAGGGCUCCCUGAAGGCCAACCUCCGUGUCCUGGGCCUGGGGCUGGGCCGCCUGCUCUGCUGGUGGUGGCUGGUGGAGCUGAUGGUCCACCUGAUGUACAUGCAUGCCAUCUACAGCAGCACCUCUCUUCUGGCCACUGUGUCCUGUUGGACUCUAGGAGGACUGGCCUUGGCUCAAGUGCUCUUUUUCUACGUGAAGUACUUGGUGCUCUUUGGCAUCCCCGCUCUGCUCAUGCACUUGGAUGGACUCAAACCGCCUCCUCUGCCGCGCUGUGUGAGCACCAUGUUCAGCUUCACCGGCAUGUGGAGGCACUUUGAUGUUGGACUGCAUAAUUUCCUGAUUAGGUACGUGUACAUUCCCUUGGGCGGGUCCCAGCAUGGUCAACUGAAGAGGUUGUUUUCAACUGCAAUGACAUUUGCAUUUGUGAGCUACUGGCAUGGUGGGUAUGAGGACCUCUGGUGCUGGGCCGCAUUCAACUGGCUGGGAGUCACUGUAGAGAAUGGCGUGUGGAGGCUGGUGGAGACCCCAUGCAUCCGGGAUGGCUUGGUUCGCUUUCUUUCACCACAAGCUCGCCGUAGAUGUCAUGCAGCCCUGGCAUCUUUUUCUACCUCAAUGCUUAUCCUGUCCAAUCUGGUGUUUCUUGGGGGAAACCAAGUUGCCAAAACCUACUGGAAUAGGAUCUUCAUAGAAGGGUGGCCGUGGGUGACACUCUCUGUCCUGGGAUUCCUCUACUGUUAUUCCCAUGUGGGCAUUGCCUGGGCGCAGACAUAUGCCAUGAACUAA